UUUCAGCAUAACUUUUUAACAGAAAAAUUAUCGAUUAGAUUGAGAAUGAAAUUAUCGAGCUUAAUUACGUCAAUUUUUAUUUCAAAAUUUUGUACACUGUCUUUAGUUGUCUCCUUUUUUUUCUGCCACGGGCGCCUGGAGAACUAGUAAAAGCGGCCGCCUUCACCGAUCCGCCACGCCGAACCAAAUCAAAAAGUCAAAGCGCGGCAAUCACCACUCUUUCUCGCCGAUUUUCAGUUGUUUCAGUGCUAAAAUACGAACAAAGAAGGAAUGGGUCACAACAAGCCCCGGCGUUUCAAAACCCAUAACUCUCUUCGGGGACAGUCAAGCAGAAACCGUCAAUUCCAAAGGGAAGAUGAUUCUCUCCCACAUGAUCAACCUCCUGAAGAGGACCCAAAUGUUCCUAAAAUUCAACUUGCUAUGUGGGAUUUUGGACAGUGUGAUGCAAAAAGGUGCACUGGGCGCAAACUUGCAAGAUUUGGGUUGUUGAAAGACUUGCGGGUGAAUAGUGGUUUUGGGGGCAUUGUUUUAAGUCCUGUUGGUAGUCAGUGUGUCUCAAAAGAAGAUUACAACUUAAUGAAGAGGAAAGGAUUAGCUGUUGUAGAUUGCUCAUGGGCACGCUUGAAUGAUGUGCCCUUUGUGAAGCUGCGGUGUGGUGCCCCUCGCUUGUUGCCAUGGCUAGUGGCUGCAAACCCAGUAAAUUAUGGUCGACCGUGUGAGCUAUCAUGCGUAGAAGCGUUAUCUGCAGCUUUACUGAUAUGUGGGGAAGAGGAAACGGCAAAUAUGUUAUUAGGCAAAUUCAAGUGGGGUCAUGCCUUCUUGUCCCUCAACAGGGAACUUUUGAAGGCAUAUUCUGAAUGUGAAAAUAGUGCCGAUAUCAUAUCAGUCCAAAAUUCUUGGCUUUCCCAACAAAGUCAGGUUCCAAAGGUUCUGGAAGAUACAGAAGACAUCAGUGAAGAUGAGGGUUCUUCCAAUGAUUCUGAAGAUGGGCUUCCUCCUCUUGAAAGGAAUAUGAACCAUUUGAAUUUGCAGGAAAGUGAUGAUGAAAGUGAGUAGGUAGGAUCCUGCAAUAACUUCAAUCACAUGAGAGAUGUAAUGAAGCAAGGGGUGACCAACAAUUCGAUGUGGGAUCGCAAGUAAGCAUGUGAGAAAAUGCCAUCUCUUUAAGUUUAUUUGAAUGUAGCAUAUUUCAAUAUUAGUAAGUUAAGUUUACACUUUUACUGUUGUCCAAUUGUUCGAGAGAAAUGUAUUACAGGGCCCUUUUCUGCUA